AUGCUUCCAACGCGCACGAGAAAGACCAACACCAAGAUCAAGAUCGGCGGCAGCAAGCGAAAAAAGAAGACGGAUGACGGCAUGUCUGAGAGUGAGCAAGAUGACGGUACAGGACACGAUCUUGCCAAUGCGGAUACCAAUGCGAAUACCACCGAAGCUGCUGGCUCCAGCGCUGCCGAGAAGAGUCUUGAAGGUACCAUUGAGAAGAUCAGAGACGGAGGAUCGAGCGGCCUACAUGCAUCGUCUCCAACACCUUCUACGUCAGGGGGCCACGUCGGUCAUCUCGACAGACAUAGCCGGGAUGGCGCUGAUACCUCGCUUCUCCCAGACCACAACGCAAACAGUGGCAGCAGCAGCAGCGGCCAUCCCGUCCCUACUCCACCCCAUCACGUCCAUAUCCCACCACCGACCACGGGCAACACCAGCGCCACCGAUCACAGGAAGGACACAUUCCUCGCCUUCGUCAUCCUCCUCCUCAUCGUCGCCCUUGCGUAUUCUCUCUCGUCUCCUUCAGCAACCACCACCACUGGAACUCAGGCAGACGCCUCCCACAAAUCAGAACCACUAAUCGAAGGCGGCUCCAUGCUCAAACGCGGACGGGACAGUAUCGAAUUCGUCCCUUUCCGCGAACGCGAUCCUUGGUUCCAGGGAGGAGACCUUCAUGACGAACGAGGAUGA